CCGGACGGCAGGGGGCAGCCUCGCUCGCCCCGGUGGCUUACGCUUCUGGGCUCCUCGCCUUUCGGGAGACGCGGCGAGCUCGGGCGGCGGGUUGCGUCGCCGGGCAUGGCGGCGUGGAGCCCGGCCGCGGCAGCGCCUCUGCUCCGCCGGAUCCGCGGGCUUCCUCUUCGCUGCACCCAGCGGAUGUUUGCCUCGCAGUCUGAGGGGGAGCUCAAAGUAACCCAAAUCCUCAAAGAAAGCUUUCCUCGAGCUACAACUAUCAAAGUCACUGACAUUUCAGGAGGCUGUGGGGCAAUGUAUGAAAUCCAAAUCGAGUCAGAAGAAUUUAAGGAGAAGAGGACUGUCCAGCAGCACCAGAUGGUAAAUCAGGCCCUAAAGGAAGAAAUCAAAGGAAUGCACGGAUUGCGGAUAUUUACCUCUGUCCCCAAACACUGACCACGCCCCGGCUGCAUAGAUGCUGCUGCUUAAAACCUCGGAUGAACUUGACCAUUCUUUCCUAGGCAUUUGCCAAAAAAUGUAUCUAUUUUGUUCAUAGACAUUUCCAUGUUAUAAUUAUAGAAGAAUAUGUUAUCUAUUUAGAUGUUAAUUAAAGGCAACAGAUAACUGA